GUGUGCCUAGCAAAGGUGAAUGUCGACUAUGCAGCCGAUUUAGCGAUGGACUACGAAGUGCGUGCAGUACCAACAGUGAUCGCGUUCAAGAACGGUGAAGAAGUGGGGCGAUUCGAGGGUGAUCAUGGAGAUGCGCAUUUGGAGGAUUUUAUUAAUGAGCUGUUGACAUCGUGA